AUGGACGAUACUGGCGAUGCCGAUGGACAACGGGACAAUGGUACAUCUAACAGUGGGCCUGGGGGACACCUUGAGGGUGAUAUAGAUGACCUGGAACAGGGGGAGGGGGAGAGAGGUGCCAGAGGGGCGCUGGAAGGCACAGAAGAUGACGAAGAUGAAGAAGGCAAUAGAGGACCGCCAAGGGGACCACCAGAGGAUCGGGAUUCCGGGGAACUCUUAUUACAGGAAACCUCGAGUAUUGCUGAUGUAGAAAUCACUCUGAAAUUUGUCAAGCUACUGUGCACCACGACCCUCAAAAAAUCUGGGAUGGAACCUGAGGAUAUUGAGCUACUUCGAAAGCCAGCAGACUAUCCAUUAGAAAUUGACGACACUGAUCUCCUACUCAGCAUCAAGAUUUACAAAGCAUGCAGUCUUGCUUCAGAGGCCACAUAUACUUCCACUCAGCAAGCAAUUCUCAAAUGCUUUCCCGACUGCCAGAUGCUGUAA